UCGGCAGUCUCCAGAAAGGCGCGAGGAACAGCUGAGGAAGAAGAAGGUGGACGAGGCGGAUUUUCAUGCAGAUUUUUUUUUCUAUUUUUUUUUAGUUUUGAGACGAUGUUGACCUUAAACGUGAAGUAAGGCGUGAAACCUGAGACCUUAAUGCCCUUGUGGCCGAGCUGAAGGGCGAAAUGAGCGGCACCAUGGAUGAGGCAGCGAUCCCGCCCCGGCCGGCCAUCGUCAAGGAGGGCUGGCUCAACAAGCGAGGGGAGCACAUCAAGAACUGGCGACAGCGCUACUUCUUCCUGCAGGAGGACGGCACACUCCUGGGGUUCAAAACCAAGCCUGAGCACGGCCUGGAGGACCCACUCAACAAUUUCACAGUCAAGCGAUGUCAGAUCCUGAAGACAGAGCGGCCGCGGCCGAACACGUUCAUCAUCCGCGGCCUUCACUGGACCACUGUCAUCGAGAGAACAUUCAAUGCCCAGUCAGCAAGUGAUAGGGAAGCAUGGAUGGAGGCCAUCAAGCAGGUGUCCGAGAGAAUAUCGGACAACACGUCGGGCCGCUGUGUGGAGAUCCAGGAGGCUGACUCCGUGGAGCAGAUCCAACUGAAGUACUCCAGCGAUGACGACGACACCUCACAGGGCUCUCGGGGCACCAAGAAGAAGAGGAAAAUCACACUGGACAACUUUGAGUUCCUUAAAGUGUUAGGGAAAGGAACCUUCGGCAAAGUUAUCCUCUGCCGUGAAAAGAGCAGCAACCAUUUCUACGCCAUCAAGAUCCUGCGCAAAGACGUGAUCAUCAAGCGGGACGAGGUGGCUCACACACUCACGGAAAACCGGGUCCUGCAAGUAGUCGAUCACCCUUUCCUUACUUACCUCAAGUAUUCCUUCCAAACCAACGACCGUCUCUGCUUCGUCAUGGAGUACGUCAACGGCGGGGAGCUGUUCUUCCACCUCAACCAGGAGCGGAUCUUCCCGGAGGAGCGCGCCAAGUUCUAUGGGGCGGAGAUCUGCCUUGCACUGGGGUACUUGCAUGAGAGGAAUAUCAUCUACCGGGACUUGAAGCUCGAAAACCUAUUACUGGAUGCCGACGGUCACAUAAAGAUCGCCGACUUUGGGCUGUGCAAGGAAGACAUCUCGUACGGCUCCACCACCAGGACGUUCUGCGGCACACCAGAAUACUUGGCCCCAGAGGUGCUAGAAGAAAACGACUACGGGCGAGGUGUUGACUGGUGGGGCUACGGAGUCUGCCUGUACGAGAUGAUGGUCGGGCGCCUCCCCUUCUACGACAAGGACCACGACAAGUUGUUCCAGCUCAUCGUGUGUGAGGACGUCCGCUUCCCCAAGACCAUCUCCCAGGAGGCACGCGACCUCCUCAAGGGCCUGCUACAUAAGGACCCCAACAAGCGGCUGGGAGGGGGGCCGGGCGACGUCAAGGAGGUCCAGAGUCACCCCUUCUAUAUCACCAUUAACUGGAAGCUCCUGGAAGAGAAGAAGCUCACCCCGCCUUUCAAACCCCAAGUGACAAGUGAGACGGACACUCGCUACUUUGACCGAGAGUUUACUGGAGAGUCUGUGCAGCUCACGCCACCUGACCAAGUGGAGCCCCUCGGACCUAUUGCUGAGGAGUCUGAAGCGGCUGCUUUCAAUCAGUUUUCAUAUCAAGAUAACUCAACUCUAGGCAGCUCCCUCGCCUCAAGCCUCAACUCCCUGGGCAUGGCCGAAGAGGGCUGAGUCCUGGCCUGGCUAGGGAUCAGAUUAAAGUAAGGAACAAAAGUAACUCAAUGUGACUUUCAUCAUCUGCUGUGAGACGAGACAAGUCCUGUGAAGUGUGUGCCAUUUCCAACCUUGGUGAAGCUUCUCUGCCCCCUGUCACACUGCAAGCAGGGCAGGGGGGAGCACCCCCAAGCUGCAUGCUAUGUGUCCAGCACCUCAGCUCCGGCUGGGUGCUGCAAGACUAUAUAAGGUGUGGGAGCCAGCUUCCUUAUUGCAAGGAUGAAUUAGGCCAAUGGCUUCUUGACACAGUGUAAAUUUAUACAUUCGUACUUCAUUAGUGCCGAAUAGCUUUUGUUAGGGUGGAGAAUCAGGUGUUGGCAUUGAAUUUGUUGUUCGUUAUCUGUGCACUUCCUGCAUAGAUAAAUCUUACAUAAUCCAAGUUCUAAAUUUGUGUUCCUUAAAAUGAUAUAAAGCUUUUUAUGAAUGUUACAGUGUCAGCUGUUAUUAUUCCCUAUAGAAUAGUUCUCUUAUGGAUGCUUCAGAUGGAUGGAAAAUGGUUGAGAGUUGUCACAGGCAGAUUGGAAGCAUUUUUAAUAAUUUCCUAUUAAUCUGGCUAGUAAGUGGACGAAAAUCACGAAUGAGUGAAUUAGUAUUAUUGUAGGUACGGUACAGGGACAAUGUAAUACGUUAUUGGGUUGUAUCUGUGCUCAAUAAACCCCCUGUAUUUUAUACUAUUGAUAUAUGUUUGAUACAUGAUCUUACCAAGCACAAUCUGUACACUCAUACCAUCUGCAUUAUUUGCUCAUUGGCUGCAGCGGAAGGCUCUCCAGGUAGCUGUGUGGGCUGGAGGGCCGGCUGCUGCACUUCAGCUCCAGCUUGAUUUAGAUGUUUUGCAUGGCUUCAGGUUACUUACCACCUUUACUUUCAGAUUAUUCAUGUUUUACAUUAGUCAUUCAGUCAGUCAAUAUAUAUAUAUAUAUAUAUAUAUAUAUAUAUAUAUAUAUAUAUAUAUAUAUAUAUAUAUAUAUAUAUAUAUAUAUAUAUAUAUAUGUACAUAUACAUAUAUAUAUGCAGUUACAUGUAUAUAUGGGAGUACACCGCCAUAAAAGUUGUGCAGAUUUGAUCAUGGUCUUUACUGCUUCAAAAUGGAUCAACUCAUGGAUGAAAUCAAACAAUCACAUCAAAGUUUUGGGACUUAACAUUACACAGCCAACACUUCCUGGCCCAGCGGUGCAGCGUGUGUGUUGUCCACCCAGCAGCGGUGUGGGAUGCGCCAAACACCAAACACCAGCUGACCACGGGAGCCAGCAUGAGUAUCUCGGCCAGACUUUGCCUUCUUAAAAACUCAGUUUGGGAUGCUGAGUGCUGUGUGUGUGUGUGUGUGUGUCUGGUGUCAUAGUGACCUUGUUAAUGGCUACAACGACUGAUAAUGCUUCCAACGCAGCAAGCGAGGCUUCCGCCUCCACCCAGGGGCAGCGCGUGCUUGUGCCUCCCUCACAGUUGCUCAUCAUCACUCAUGGUUUUCCUCAAACCUUGCAUAAAUUGAUGUCCCUUUUAUAUGUACAAAUCAGUACUUAUAAUUUUUAUAACAAUUGCUAUAAUCAAAGUAAAUUUUCAAAUUGUCAUUUGCUGACGGAGAUUGUUAAAGAUUAUAACUAUGAUGAUGCACACACCGAGACGGCGAACAUCACCAAAGGGUGAAGUGAGCAGCUGCAUCACGGGUGUGGUGUUCACUGCACAAGUCUGUUGAAAGCAUCCAACAACAUGGCAAACAUAAUCGCUUCACUGGGGGAGGACUCCCUGGCAUAUAUAUAUAUAUAUAUAUAUAUAUAUAUAUAUAUAUAUAUAUAUAUAUAUAUAUAUAUAUAUAUAUAUAUAUAUACACACACACACACACACACACACACACACACACACAUACACAGGUGAAUAGGAAAACACAUGUAAACAUUUAUUUCUUUGAACAUUUUUCAUGAAAAUGUUUAUUAUGUCAACAGCUGAAAUUGAUUUACAAAAGUUAUAUUAAAUUUUCAAGAUAUGCCAAGAUGUGUGAGUCUAGUAACCGAGGUCAAGCUUGUGUGUUUUGUUUCCUGCUCCCUGCGCUGAAUGGUGGUCAUUGUCUUGGUCGGCUCCUGUGUUCCCUCCCGCAUCACUAUUGCCGCUGCGGAGUACUGUACUGCCAUCCUGCAGCGUUUCUCAUCAGUUAUGUGGUAUUGAUGUCCACUAGAAUAGUUGUUUAAAAAUGUAAAUAUUGUAAUUUCUUAGACACAAUCUUUUUUCAAGUGUUCACCUCUAGGAGAAACUAAACAGGUGGAAAAAUUUCUUAUUGCACAAUGAAUUACUUAUAAAGUAUCUUACGAAAGCUUUUGUAGCCGUACCCUCGUGCAUUGGGAGCCUAGGUCUGCCCGUGCCCGGAGCCCCUAGGGAGCAUAUACUCUGUGGACUAUGUUGUGAUUUGUUGGGCAUUUAUUUACUGUACAGGUGUAAAUUAUGUAGACUCUUGUGUCCUAAAUUUUAUUGAAUAUGAUGACAAUGUAAUGACUAAGUCUGAAUGUGCCACAAAAUGGCCAAUGCUCCGGUUUCUAUAGGACUAGAAAAUUACCUGGUGAAUGUUAUUUUAUGUGACCUCCCAUCUGGCCUCAGUGUUGCCAUCUACAGUUAUCAGAUGCAUAAAUUGGCUCAAGUAUACAUAUAUGUCUUAUAUGGUGAGGAAAAUUAUGUCCUUUUCUGUGCAUAGUGAACCAAAUGUAUUGGUCAAAAUUUUUUUUUUUCAUAUACUAAUUUCAUAAUGACAUGUUUAGUUCUCUGAACUUUAAAUCUGUAGACUGUAUUAUCUAUCUUCUUAUUUCCUUCAGUGACUGUCUUGCCCUCUUUGGUACCUGUCAUGGCUGCUAUUCCUGGUGGGAGGCAGGUAACGUUGGGGGCUCCUGGCAGGGGCUUGUACGCAGCAUCCUGGCCUGCGAGGAAGACGCCAGCUGCCUUGAGUGUGGGGUUAGAGGCUUGAAUGUGUGUGUGUGUGUGUGUGUGUGUGUGUGUGUGUGUGUGUGUGUGUGUGUGCUCUC